AUGACGAUGUUGGUGGUGGUGGUGAUACUAGCGUUGGUGCUGAUGGAGGUGGUGAUGAUAAUGGUGGACCUGGUACUGGUGAAGGUGGUGGUGGUCCUGGGGCAUUGUGGCAGUGAGUGUGGUGCUCAUGGAUACCUUAUAAUCGGUUAUGGUGGUUGUGAUGAUGAUGAAAAUGGUGGUGCAAGCCCUAGUGGUGGUGGAGGUAGUACUGGUGAUAAUGGUGGAGGUGGUGAUACUAGCGCUAAUGCUAAUGGAGGUGGUGGUGGUGGUGAUAGCGGAGAAGAUACUGGUGAAGGUGGUGAUAAUGAUGGUGGAGGUGACAAUACUAGCGCUAGUGUUGAUGGAGGUGGUGGUGGUGAUAGUUGUACAUCAUGUCGCCUCCAACGACUUCCUACAUUAUGUGUUGGUGGUGGUGGUGGUGCUGCACGUCCACCAAUAUUCCGUCUGUCCUUGUCAGCUCAUGUUCAACCUAUUGGUACUGAUGGAGGCACGGGUGGUGGUGAUGGUAGUCACGGAGUUGGUGGUAGUGGUGAAGAUGAUGAUGAUGAUAGUGGAAGUGGUGAUAGUAGCGCUAGUGUUGUUGGAGGUGGUAAUGGUGAUGGUGGUGGUGGCCCUAGGGGUACAUCGCACUUCCAAUGA